UCCCUAUUGAUGCCACACAUGGGAUAAAGAUGCUGUAUGUCUUUGUUGAUAUCAAGAUUGAUACAUCACAUUUUGUGGACACAAUACGUUUCAAUUUUCAUCAAGGAGCCUCAAUUGCCUUCGUCAGCACCAUACAGUUUGUGUCAGCACUUCAGGCAGCUGUCCAAGCCCUACGUUCAGAGUACAAAGUUACUGUCCCCCAGAGUAAGCCACUGUCACCAGGGGAGAUCCUGGGCUGCACUUCCCCACGCCUGGAGACACCCGUAGACGCUGUUGUGUAAGU